UUUGACCUGAACAACAGGCUGACUCUCAUUGCUCUGCUGGAGGUCUUGAGCCAGAAGAAGAUGUUCAGGAAGUACCACACCAGGCUCACCUUCAGGCAGAUGAGGCUGGAUAAUGUCUCUUUGGGGCUGGAGUUUCUGGACCAGGAGAAUGUCAAGAUGGUGUCUAUAGGUGAGUAAGAUGGUGAAAGGCUCAGUGAUGAAGUUCAGUCUGAGGAUGAAGUUAAUUAAAUAAUGUUACACUUUUUGGUCACGCUUUACAUAAGGUUGCAUGGGGUUGCAUUACACCAAUACAGUAUGUAUUUUUUAUUUCUAGGUGCCAUUACUUGUAACUAUACAGUAGCUAUAAUUUAACUGACUUGAAACAAUUUGGCCAGUUUCCUAUGAUUCAGUUCAGUCAUUGUUUUAUGUACCCCACCUGCAGUUACCGUGUACAGCCUAGUAAUUACAAAGUAAUUGGGUAUAAUAUAGUGUUGCCCCUACAGACAGUAAAGCCAUAGUAGAUGGGAAUAUGACGCUGGUUCUAGGGUUGGUGUGUACCCUGAUCCUACACUACUCCAUCUCUUCUCCUCUACUGGAGGAUGGGGGCCAGGACAAGACCAAGAAACAGACCCCUGAGCUUAGGCUGCUGGGGUAG